GCCAAUACUCAGUGGCCAUAGGAUAUGGUAACACGAGGCCAUCCUUCUUCAAAGAACUUCAUUUCUGCUUAAAUUCAAUUUAUAUUCAAUUUAUAUACCUGGGAAAUACUCUUGCAGCAAGGAUGCACGAGGCUUGCAUUUUUAUAUUCCACUGUCAGAUCUUUUUGGUGGAGCUUGAUCUGAUCAAAAAGAAUCGAAGGCAGUAUAUUGUUCUGGGGGAAACAUGUCCUAGCACAAGAGGAAGUGGAUCUAAGGCAAUGAUUCGAAACUGGGUUACCACGGCCACAACCUGGGGUCCUAUCCAUGACACGAUCACGGCUAUUUUAGCAGGCCAACUUGAAUUAACCAAUGCAAUAUCAGUGAU